AUGUCCGAAUCAGUGGCCCUGGAGUUUGCUCCAGGAACGUGGGAAGCGAACUCCUUGCCACCGGAGGAUGAGUCCGCGAUACGAUGCAAGUGCACGCCGAUCGACGAUGCGACCAAGGGUGUUCGUAAUCACAAGCCGGAUAAGUACGAUCAGUUGCGGAAGAUCGGAGCAGAGUUUGUCGGAACCUUCUUCCUGGUACUUUGCGCGGUGGCCGGGCCCAUUGUGAACCAAAAGUACGGCGGAGUAGAGACGUUGAUCGGGAACGCGGCAUGCUCUGGAGUUGCUGUGAUGAUCAUAGUUUUCUCGAUCGGCCACAUAUCGGGAGCUCACCUGAAUCCGUCAGUGACGAUCGCCUUUGCAGUGACUCGGCACUUUCCAUGGAUCCAAGUGCCUAGCUACAUCGCUGCGCAGGUCGCGGGCUCGAUAUGCGCUUCCUAUGUCCUCAAGGGCGUUUUCCAUCCCUUUGCGAACGGUGGCGUCACGGUGCCUUCGGUGAAUAUUGGACAGGCGUUUGCUCUCGAAUUUCUCGCCACUUUCCUUCUCAUGUUUGUGAUAGUCUCGGUGGCAACCGACACUCGUGCGGUAGGAGAAUUGGCAGGUAUUGCAAUUGGAGCAACAGUGCUGCUUGACAUUCUUGUAACAGGGAUGUCGACCGGUGGUUCCAUGAACCCCGUGAGGACUCUCGGCCCGGCCGUGGCUGCGGGGAAUUACAAAGGUUUGUGGAUGUACAUGGUGGCUCCUCCGCUUGGAGCCAUUGCUGGUGCUGUGACUUACACAGCCGUGAAGCUUAGAGGGUGUGAGGCUGAGCCGCCACGUCGGAGGAGGACAAGCUUCAGCCGUUAA